AUGUCCUACAGGCCAGGGAGAUGGACUUGGCCCUGUUGGGUGCUCCUGCUCCUCUUGAGCUUCUUGCUCUUGGUGACUCAUGUUUGGUCUACCAAUGAGAAAAAUGACCCUGAAGACCAAACCAGCAUAGCUGAGCACUUCCCAGCCACCGUGGAGUAUGCUUUGCAUACAUUUAACCUGCAAAGCAAGGACACCCAUGCUUACAGGCUAAUGCGCAUCCUGAGUGUGUGGAAGGAAAAGAUGGAUAGCAUGCUGGCUUUCUCUAUGGAGCUGGAGCUUGGCCGGACCAGGUGCAGGAAAUUUGAGGAUGACAUUGAAAACUGCCCCUUCCAUGAAAGUCCAGCGGUAAGCAAGACCCUCAGCUGCUUCUUCACCAUCAGCACCCAGCCUUGGAGAACCAAGUUUGAUCUCCUGAACAGCACCUGCGUGGAGGGUGUCCCAGGCUCCUGA